CACACUUUUUGUACGGUACAUUUCCCUUUUCCAUGGAAAUAACAAAUAGCUAACCCUUUUCCAAUAAAUGAAGAACUACACUCUUACACAACACUAACAAUCAUCUUUAAUAGUGAAGAAGAAGAAGAAGUGAAUCAACACCGGCUUAAUGGAGAAUCCCAACGACACUUUGUUAGAAUCUGAAACCACUCUCGUUGAUGGUGCUGUUGAUUACAGCGGACAGCCAGCCGUUAGAUCCAAAUCUGGUUACUGGAGAUCCGCUUGGUUCAUCAUAGGUGUUGAAGUGACGGAAAGAAUUUCAUUCUAUGGAAUUCAAGGGAACUUGAUAUCAUAUCUAACUGGACCACUCAACCAGAGCACUGCAACAGCUGCAAAGAAUGUGAAUAUAUGGGUUGGAACAUCUUCACUUCUUCCUCUCUUAGGUGCUUUUCUUGCUGAUUCUUUUCUUGGACGCUACCGUACAAUCAUACUCGCUUCUCUCAUCUAUAUCCUGGGACUUGGCUUGUUAGCAUUAUCAGCUAUGCUUCCUUCCCUCACCAAAUCUAAAUGCCAAGUUGAUACUAAUUUCAUAUCAUGCUCCCAACAAUCACAAGUGAUCUUAUUCUUCAUCUCGCUCUAUCUAGUUGCCAUUGGACAAGGUGGACAUAAACCCUGUGUUCAAGCUUUCGGCGCGGAUCAAUUCGACGAACAACAUCCGAAGGAGCACAGAGCCAGAAGCUCUUUCUUUAAUUGGUGGUAUUUUACAGUGCUUGCAGGUUGCACGUUAAUAAUCUCGAUCUUGAAUUAUAUACAAGAUAACUAUAGUUGGGUUCUUGGAUUUGGAAUCCCUUGUACUGUAAUGACCAUUGGUUUGCUUGUUUUCUUGCUUGGAUCAAUGACCUAUAGGUAUAACAUUAAGAAAAAUGACACUAGCCCUUUUCUUAGAAUUGGUCGUGUAUUCGUCGCAGCUAUAAGAAAUUGGCGAAAUGCCUUGUCCAACACAUCUAUUGAAGAGGAAUGCGAUGGAAUGCUUCUGCGUCGAAGUACUGAACAAUUCAGCUUCCUCAACAAGGCGUUGUUAACACCAAAGGGAUCCAAAGAAGGUAAUACUUGUAGCCUUGUUGAGGUUCAAGAAGCAAAGGCAAUACUAAGGUUGGUUCCAAUUUGGACUACAUGUUUGGUUUAUGGUAUUGUCUUUGCUCAAGUUUUUACAUUCUUCACCAAGCAAGGGAGGUCUAUGGAGAGAACAAUAUUUCCUGGUUUCGAUAUACCACCCGCUUCAUGUCAAUCGAUUAAUGGUAUCGCUAUUAUUCUCUUCAGCCCUAUCUACGAUCGCAUAUUUGUGCCAAUAGCACGAGCUAUCACUGGAAAACCCUCGGGCAUCACAAUGCUUCAAAGAAUUGGAACUGGAAUUUUUAUAUCCAUGUUCACAAUGGUAGUUGCAGCGUUUGUUGAAACUAAAAGACUAAAAACAGCACAAGAGUAUGGUCUUGUUGAUGAUGCAAAUGCAACUGUUCCAAUGAGUAUAUGGUGGUUGAUUCCUCAAUACUUUUUGUUUGGAAUUUCUGAGGUUUUUACUAUGGUUGGUCUUCAGGAGUUUUUCUAUGAUCAAGUCCCAAAUGAACUAAGAAGCAUGGGACUUGCACUCUACUUGAGUAUUGUUGGUGUUGGAAGCUUUUUAAGUGGCUUUCUCAUUUCUCUCAUUCAAAAUUUGAGUGGCAAAGAUGGUCAUGAAAGUUGGUUUUGUGAUAAUAUCAAUAAGGCACAUCUUGAUUAUUUUUAUUGGCUUCUUGCUGGAUUAAGUAUGGUGGGGUUUACUUUGUUCCUUUAUUUUUCAAAAUAUUACACUUAUAAUCACAAAGGUACCAUCAGACAAGCAUAAUCACUGUGUAGUUUUUCUAUUUUAUCAUGUUUGCCUCCUUGGGCUGUUUGUUAUCAUUAGACAAUCAUUUACUUGGCACUUUGUAGUUUAGAUCAUUUAGAGAGGCUGUAAUGAUGUCAUCGGUGGUAAAAAAACUGUAAAAGAGGUGGAGAAGAGUAUAAUGGUUGAGGUACAUCUGGGUGAAUUCAUGCACAUAUUAAGGUUGAUUAUGUUUUAAGAAGUGAAUAGUACCCGGAAAUGAUAUAAAAGCAUACUUUCGUGGAAUUCGCAGAAAAAAGUUCGUUGUAUAUUAGAAAACAUUAAAUAGAUAACUUGUAUCUUGUCAAUGUAGAAAGUUUUACGAAGUUAAAUUAUGAAAAUAAUUAGUUAGAGAAGAGAGGAAUUGGAGAUGAUUGAGAGAAAUACUUAGAGAAAAGAAAGGAAGUUUUUUUUUUUUUUUCAUGAGUCCGUUUUCAUCGUUUUUGCGCCGUCCCCGUCAGUCAAACUAUCAUAUGGAGAUGCAUCUAAGCCUCAUAAACAAUCGUUUUAGGAUAUUCUCACUGAAGGUCAAGGGGCCACUACUAUGAAGGAGAGAGUUGACAUGAUUGAAAAGGGACUUAUGAAAGUCUCUUUUGAAGGAGAAAAUCGAUUGCUACCAAAGGUCACGAUGGAUGAGAAGAUUUUUCAGGAACUGUGCAAUUCUUGGAAGGAGGCGCUUAUCAUUAAACUCAUUGGGAAGAACAUGGACUAUCAUUUAAUGAAGCAGAUGGGGAAACUAAUCAUGGGUUUUGAGAUCAUG